CAAGUAAUAUAAUCGACAAAAUAUACUGAAUUCAAAAGGUUCUUUGGUAAAAUACUCCCAUCAGACCCCAAAAGAAAUAACAACAGAAAAGUCCCUGGACUGGUCAUUCUAUGAGUCGAUGUAAAUAACAAUUUCCCGCCAUUUUCUCUAUAAAUACACACAUCAUAUUGAGUGAUUGAGUCUUCCACGUUUUCCCAAAUCUGUUAUUCAAGAUUUAUCGUUUAAUCCAAAAACCCCCCAAAUUCUGUCAGCAAAAGAAUUUCCCCCCAAAAUGACAAAGGUAGAUUUCCUCCGUCGCAUCCUCCUUGGUUGCUUUACAAUCACCACCACCCCCAACACCGCAACAACCACCCCUACCAACACUACAACCACCAAGAAACGCCUCAGUACUUCCCUAAGAGACGACAUCCUCUUCGACACUUUCUACAAACCCCAUGAUUCUCCCACCUCUUGCUCCUCCCCAGCUUCCACCGCUAGCAGCGACGACAACGUCAGCGUCAUCUCCAACCUUGCUCCGCCGCGCUUCUCCAAAUCCAUGGUCAUCUGCACCUUCUUCGGCUACCGUGGUGGGUCCCACGUCUGGUUUUGUGUCCAACUCAACCGUCUCUCUCCGAAACCAUCCCUCCUUCUAGAACUUUCUCUCUCCACCCGAAACCUUGUUCAAGAGAUGCGCAGCGGGCUCCUUCGUAUCGCGUUAGAAUGCAAGAGUUUGGAGCUGAGUUCUUGCCCUCUUCAGUUGGUCCCUGUUUGGACUAUGUUCUGCAAUGGCCGUCGGGUCGGGUUUGCUACUCGACGAAAGCCCACUCAAGAAACCCGGGAAAUGUUGAAGAAGAUGCAGAGCAUUACGAUGGGUGCGGGCGUAAUUGUUGCUGAAGCUGAAGGUGAAGAAGAAAGAAGGGAAGAAUUGAUGUAUAUGCGGGCCAAUUAUGAGUGGGUUGUUGGUGGGGCCGAUUCUGAAUCGUUUCAUUUGAUGAGCCCGGAUGACGGGCCGGGUCAAGAGCUCAGUGUUUUCUUGCUCAGAUCUUGUGUGUAAAACAAGUAACUGAAUGAGGGGUAUUUUGGGUAUGAUUGAUUUGAUUUUUUCUCUAUAUUGUUAAUUAGUUAGGGUUUUUGAUUAAUCCAUUAGUUGUAGUUGUAAUUUUUUAGGGAUCAGAAAAUUCUUGGGGUAAUCUGUUUGUGGAGGUUUCCAAGAGAGAAAGGUGCUUGAAAACUAAGCGUUUUCUUACUCUGCUUUUGAGAGUGCAAACUUUAUUGGGGCUGGAGCCGGUUUAUCCUUUGUUAACCAUGUUAGAUGGAUUUACUUGUUGUAAGAAUGGAGCUUUGUAGUAGUCCGUAAAAGAGCGAAAGAGAUUUAUCAUUUAUGAUUUUAUGAUAUGAAAGUGGUGCAACAUGAAAGCAUAA